GAGGCAAGCACGGCUCCAGCCAGCGGCUUGCGCGUGCGAGGCGAGCACGGCUCCAGCAGCUCGAUGUGCAGUGCUGCUCGAGUUUCCGGGUGGCUGCGUGGCAAGUCGAGUGGCGGCUCCAGGAUCCCGCAUCGCUGCAGCGACCUCGCGGCGACUCCGGCCACCACAUGCAGCGGCAGCGGCAGCCGAUGGAGGGCGCGAGGGCGGCUCUGUGGAUCCCGCAUUCUUCCCCUCGUCUCCAAGCAGCUCCGACCAAAUCGAGAAAUUGCAUUACCAAGGGAGGCAAGCAGCAGCUCGGGCAUCCGUUCCGCCUCGCGUGAACUACAGAAUCGAUUGAGGUCCCAGCAGCUCUGGCCACCUGCGCGCCGGUGCGUGAGGGGAGCAGCAGCUCCAGCAGUCCAUACGUGCGAGGGACGGCGGCUCCAGCGACGCGCGCGGGGGCACCUGCUGCGGUAACGCCGCAUCUCCAUGGUGUCACCUAUCGACUAUCGUCACUCCGCGUCCGCCGAUGCCGUGGCCUAUUUCCGGACGGUAACCCACCCCUCCCGUCGGGAUUAGAUCAUUAGGAAAAGGAUGCUUCGUUUCCCUAUCCCAAUCCUCAUUUAUUUCCCUAUCCCACCACCCAAACAUAGGGUAUAAUCUAUCCUACCCCUCAUCUUCCUAUCCCACCCUCUAUUUCCCACUUACCGAACAUCGCCAGGGUUUGUUCCUACCACUGCACAUCGUCACUCAGGCUCGGAUUCCCCGGACCUUCGCUCUUCCUCGACCUAUCCCCAUGGGCAAGUCCGCCGCCAAAAAGAAGAAGCCGGUCGCCGCCGCCAAGCCGGCGGCCGCCUCGGCCGAGCCAAAGGCAACGCCGCCCCCGACCACGCCCCCCGCCGCGAACGGCGCGGGGCCACACCAGGUGGUGGACGCCGGCGUCCUCCUGCGGCGCGCGCACGAGCUCAAGGAGGAGGGGAACCGCCUGUUCCAGUCGCGAGACUACGCCGGGGCGCUGCGCCAGUACGAGCUCGCGCUCCGCCUCGCCCCGCGCGGCCACCCCGACCGCGCCGUCUUCCACAGCAACCGCGCCGCCUGCCUCCUCCAGCUCCGCCCCGUCGACCACGAGGCCGUCGCCCAGGAGUGCUCCCUCGCGCUCCAGGCCGAGCCGCGCUUCCCGCGCGCGCUCCUCCGCCGCGCCCGCGCGCUCGAGGCGCUCGGCCGCCACGAGCUCGCCCUCGCCGACACGCUCGCGCUCCUCGCUCUCGACCCCGACCACCGCGACGCCAUCGACCUCUCGCACCGACUCCGCUCCCGUGUCAACGCGUCCGCGGUCGCCUCCGCCUCCUCCGCCCCCGAGCCCACCAGCCGCCCCUCCCCCGCUGCCCUUGGCGCCUCCGCCGUUGUCGCCGGACUUGGCCCUUCCCUCCCCUCCCGUCCGUUCCCCAAGAAACAAUCAGCACAGGCCCCUCCUACUACUCCUUCGCUGUCAAAUCCCAACAUGAUGUCGAAAUCUAACCCACCGCCGUCGCCCAAGCUGGUACCGUUCUCCAAUUCUCCGCCAUCUUCAGCCAAGCCUUCGGCUGCUGAUAGCUCCCGGAAGGCCACACAGACACUGCCAGUGAACUCUUCGCUACUGGCAACAGCCGCACCCCUUAUAGACAGAAAGGUUGUGACGAGAUGGAGGCCUCUCAAGUUGGUGUAUGACCACGACAUUAGGCUUGGGCAGAUCCCAGAGAAAUGCAGCUUCCGGACACUCCGAGAAUUCGUGGCGAAGAGGUUCCCAUCAUCCAAGGCAGUGUUGAUUAAAUAUAAGGAUGCUGAUGGUGAUUUAGUUACCAUCACAUCCACGGAAGAACUCCGGUUAGCUGAAUCAUUUGUGGAUAAAGUUGGUCAUGAGGUUAUAGAAAAUGGGAAGGAGGGGGACAAUAAGCUCCCGGGGUUGAGGCUGCACCUUGUUGAAGUGAGCCCAGAACAGGAGCCACCUUUGCCAUCAGAAGAGGAGAAGUUGGAGGAGGAUGAGGAGCUGUUGGUCAAGGGUGAAGAUGGUACUUCACAUACUUCUUCGGAGGUAGCUGACACUGAGGUCACAAAGCAAGAUGCGGAGAACAGAGUUGCUGAACAGAGGAUGGAGACUGGGAAGAAGGAUUGUGGCCAUGCUGAGUGCAAGGAAGCUGAGAUCGAUGAUUGGUUGCUUCAGUUUGCAGAACUAUUCCGGAACCAGGUUGGGAUUGAUGCAGAUGCACAUCUGGACCUGCAUGAGCUGGGAAUGGAGCUGUGUUCCGAGGCUCUUGAGGAAACUGUGACAAGCGAGGAGGCUCAGGCCCUUUUUGAGAUGGCUGCUUCUAAAUUUCAGGAGGUUGCCGCCUUGGCCUUAUUCAAUUGGGGAAAUGUGCACAUGUGUGCAGCAAGGAAGCGCAUCCCUCUCGACGAAUCUGCUCCAAAGGAAGUCAUGGCUGCUCAGCUCCGCACAGCUUAUGAUUGGGUGAGAGAGAGGUAUGCUCUUGCAGGGCACAAGUACGAGGAGGCCCUCAAAAUCAAGCCAGACUUCUAUGAAGGGCUUCUUGCUUUAGGCCAGCAACACUUCGAGACCGCAAAGCUUCAUUGGUCAUUUGCAUUGGCAGACAAGGUUGACCUAUCCACCUGGGAUUCUUCAGAGACAUUCAAGCUUUUUGAUAGUGCUGAGCAGAACAUGAGGGCUGCAACAGAGAUGUGGGAAAAGGUAGAAGAACAGAGAAUGGCAGAGUUAAAAGAACCAGGUGCAGGUGAAAAGGAUGAGAUACUGAGGAAAAAGAGGAAGCAACACAGUGCAGAUGGUCAACUGGAGUUGACACCAGAAGAGGCAGCUGAGCAGGCAGCAGUAAUGAGGCAACAAAUUCACCUCUUCUGGGGUAAUAUGCUUUUCGAGCGCUCUCAAGUGGAGUUUAAGCUCAGUGUCGGUGAUUGGAAGAAAAAUCUUGACGCGUCUGUUGAAAGGUUUAAAUUGGCUGGAGCUUCAGAAUCAGAUAUUUCGACAGUGUUGAAGAAUCACUUCUCUAAUGCAGUCUCUGAGUGUGAAGAGAAGAAAGUCAUGACUUCAGGCAUGGAAAUUGCCCAAACAAAUGACAAUAUUGAGGAUAAGUGUGUGGUUGAGAGCUAAGUACUCAUGGUUUUAAGCUAAAUGACAUCAAUGUGUAUCAUAUUGAAUUUCUUGAUAGGCUUUGUUUGUUCAUGGUCCUCGGCCGUGACAUCUAGAUGAAACUUUAAGCUCACUGAAUUUUGUGAUCUGUGCAACUGGUGCAGAAUCACUUCAUAAAAUCUUGAUAGUUUGCUAAACACGUCUUGAGUUGUUUAAUAAAUUAUUCUACAUACACAUUAGAUGUAUGUGAUGUGAGUUAGCUUUUUUCCCCCUGUUAGAUCAAGUGUCUACAUUGUUUCCUA